AUGUCGUGCAACGCCUCCUCCAUCUCCAACCCCUUCGCCGGGCCGGACCCUGCUGAAAUCCGCGACAUCAACAUCCACGAACGCGUCCCCGUCGUCCUUGAUGCCACCGACUCCACGUACUUCGCGUGGAAGACGUACUUUUCCUUGCUCUUCCGCGAGAACAACCUCGUGGAUCACGUUGACGGCACCGUCGACUCCCGCGCCAUGCUGGACGACUCCGAGUGGACCGCGAUCAACGCCACGCUCAUCCGGUGGUUCUUCACCACCAUCUUCAAGGACCCGUUUCACACGGUCGUGAGCGAUGGCGACAACGCCCGCGCCAUGUGGGUCAAGCUCAACGGCCUCUUCACCGACAACAAGCUUCAGCGCCGCUCCAUUGAUGAGUACUGCCGCCGCCUGAAGACGUGGGCGGAUGAGCUCCGUGACAUCGGCGCCAAGGUUGAUGACGACCUCCUCCUCAGCACGCUCACCGUCGGCCUCAACGAGGACUACGCAAUGCCGCCUCCAACCUCACCUUGA